AUGUCUCAUUCAAUUGGUGCCGAAAAGUACGCUACUUGGAGUAAAGAGGAAUUAAUUGCAAAACUACUAAAUUAUGAGACUGGUCAACAAACUCAAUGCGAUUCUAUUUCAGCGACUACA